AUGUUGAAGCCUUCAGUCUCCUUCAUGGAGAAAGCGAAGCCCCUUAGGAGGAAGGUGGCGGAUAAAGUUGAGUGGGUAAAGGCUCAUGCACCAGAGCUUGUCAAGUCGCGAGCUUUUCGAAAGACAACUACUAUCCUAGCUGCUUUUACUUUGGCCGUCUUGUUGAUCGUUCUUACGGGAAAGUACACCAACGCAGGGUGGUUCAUACCAAAGGUCAUCCAAAAAAUUGGACGGUAUCCGACGUGUCAGAGUAAGGGGAUCAAUGGAACACAAGAAAUUUGGGAUGUGUCGAGGCACAAAUACGAAAACCUGCGAGACGACAAGUUCACCAUCGCCAUGCAGACAUAUCAGCGACCAAAGGAACUCGAAGAGACCCUCAACAUUAUUCUCAGCGAAGAGAUCCCUUCGCUUCUCGAGAUAGUCAUCGUCUGGAACGAUCUCGAAAACCACCCCCCACCGGACUUCGUUUCCAAGCACGGCGUCCCCGUUCGAUACCGAAAGUCGAAGCGCAACAGCCUCAAUGAAAAGCUCUGGCCCGAUCCCGAGUACAAGACACAGGCGAUCCUGCUCUCAGAUGAUGAUGUGUACUACCGACCCAACGAUCUCGAGUUCGUCUUCCAGACAUGGCGCAAGUUCGGUAAGAAUCGAAUGGUUGGCGCUCUUGCUCGAUGUACACCCGUGGACACGUUCGGAUACCAUCACUAUACUUUCUGCUCGAGCAAGAAGGGACAGGACGACUAUAACAUGGUUCUGACGAAUCUUGCCUUUUCGCAUAUCUCGUUCCUCGACUAUUAUUCGUCCAACGAUACCAUCAUGACGCAGAUCAGGGAUUACGUCGACGAGGGCUUCAACUGCGAGGAUCUUGCGUUGAACUAUGUCCACGGACUGCUCACAGGCGAAGGACCGCUUCUCAUCAGUGGACAUGAAAAGUAUUAUAAUUUUGUCCCUCGGGUGGGAAUUAGCAUGAAGAAGGGCCAUAUCGAGGCGAGAAGUGCUUGUCUCAAUCACUUUUCCAAGAUGUUUGGAUGCCACCCUUUGGUUGACGAGACAGGCUACAUCCAGCGUGGUGUUCUAGUGAUGUGA